AAAUAAUUACAAGCCGGAUCAGAGCACAUUUUCCAAUGUGGUCUCAUUGUGUGGUGUUCUUGCUUUGCAUGCUUGGGGAAGAGCUUUGCAUGCCUGUGUAACCAAGAGUGGCUUUCAAAAUGACACAAUGAUAACGAGUGCGUUCAUAUCCAUGUAUUCUAGGUGUGGAUUUAUAAAUGAUGCUUCCUCGCUUUUCAGAAAUAUGAAAAGACCCGACACAAUAGCAUGGAAUGCCAUGAUUGUAUCACAAGCAUGUCAUGGUUCGGCUAAAGAGGCCCUUGAUCUUUUUCUUUGUAUGAUUCAAGCUGGAUAUGAACCAGACCAUGUAACUUUUCUUGGUGUCCUAACUGCUUGUGCUCAUUCUGGAUUAGUGGACGUGGGUUGGAGCUACUUUAUAUCAAUGGAGAAAAGGUGGAGUAUAAUUCCAAAGGCUGAGCACUAUAAUUGCAUGGUUGAUCUCCUUGGGAGAUCAGGUAUGCUAGCUGAAGCCUUCGAGCUUGUCGAACAAAUUCCUGUAAAUCUCCCUGCACAUGCUUGGGAGACAUUGCUUAGUUGUUGUAGAGUCCACGAAAAUUUUGAUUUAGGUGAUCUUGUAGCCCAGAAACUUCUAAGCGUUCAGCCUUCUAAUAUUGGAAUGUGUGUUCUUUUAUCAAAUCUGUAUUCUACAAGAGGAAUGUGGAAAGAUGCAGCUCGUGUGAGAGCACUACUUAAAAAGUAUGAUUUGAAGAAAGAAUUGGCAUGUAGUUGGAUUGAGAUAAAUGGUUGUAUAUCUCAGUUUGUUUCAAAUGAAAGAUGUAAUCCCAGAGCAAAGGACAUAUACAAAGAACUAGAAAGUCUUUCUGCACUGAUUGAGGAUAGUGGCACAGUAGUGUAGCAGGGAUGCUAUUCAAAAUUCAGUUCUUCUGAAGAAAUUAAUGUUUCUUAACAUGUUUUUUCCCUGUAUUCCUAUCUAUAAAAGUUCCUGAAUAGAAUUUCUGGUUCCUUCUUGAUGAAUUCAUCUAGGAUUGGAACAUUACUCAAUAGCCUUCAAAUCUCAUUAAGAGAUGUUGCUUGAUAUCUGUUACAGAUGCUAGUCCAGUAUGUGAUUGUAUGAAGACCUGAAACCUUAUGCUUGACGAAAGUACUCUUGGUGUUAGUCAGAGUUGGGUGCAAUUACUGGUGAAAGCUGUGAAUCUUGGAAGGUACCCGAAAAAAGAAAAUAGGAAAAAGAGAGAUCUUGAUUGCAUGAUCUCCAUUAGAGGGGGAGGAGGAGGAAGAAUCUGGAAGAGAGAAAAAUGACGACAAUGAAAGAAAAACAAAGAACAUACUAGAGUAAGGGAGGGAGAAGGGAAAAGGAAAACAAAGAAUAGAAGAAAAGAAAUCAACGGAAAGAAAAGAAACAGAUCCUUCUGUAGGGAUAUAAAAAGGAAAAUAUUUGAAGAGGGAUAAUGGAGGAGAGGGAGGGGGAUUUGAGGGUUCCUCUGAUCUCUUCCUUGUUCUGUCUUUGUGUACUAACGGGUGGUGUCCUCCUUGUUCUCUACCUUUUCGUGCCAGAUCAAUCCCAGCCAUGGUUUCCAGCUGCAGGAUUGAUCUUGAUUGGUUCUCCCUACAUAUUUUGGCUCCUGACUUACUUUUACACCGGCAUGAAACGGUGCUGUUUUGGCGACAGCAGCGUUGACAACCGCCAGAUUUCAAGGCGCACCUCAAGGGAUGCCACAAUGGCAAACCCUGGGGUGGCCAGGACUGAUUCCAAGGCAAAUGCUGCUACUUCUAAUAACAAUAACAUUAACAAUGGCAAACAAGAAAGUGGCCAUAUCCAACAAGAUGGAGGAGAUGCAUCAUCCAUCAACUCUGCAAAGGAAAUUGAGAUGCCUUUAGCCUUAUCAGUUGCUUCUUCAUGAAAUGAAUACUUUAUCAAGAAAUGAUCUGGUGAGGUGGAUUGAUAAAUGGCUGCAUUAUGCAUGAGCUAUCACAGGAACGAGAGAUUUGGAUUUGCGGAGAUAAUUUAUAAUUCAAGGAUCAUGUCAUCAUUCAGGAGCUGUUAAGGAUGGUGAAAAUGCGUGAUAAUGGUGAAUGUAAGUAGAAAUAGCACAAACAGAUAUUUUAACUUGUCUUGGCAUUAACAAAAAUUGAACAAACAAAAAAUUGCUCUUCUUA